AUGGGGCACGGUGGACUUGCUACAAAGUACCUGAGCAAAUUUACAGUUACUCACAGUCUCCUUUGGAAAAAUGUCUAUAAAAUUGUUACGUGGAUUACUAUGGUUCUCAGUCGUUACUCGUAUGAGCUAAGUGAUAGUAUCACAGACCAUUCGAUGAUAAAGGACAAAAACAGAAACUUAAUGAUUACUAAUCAAUUUCAAAACAAUUAUGCCGUGGGAACCCUUUCGUCAUUUGUAAUUUUUGAUGUCAAUGGAUUUGAAUAUUAUGUUAUUAAUGUAUAUAGACAAUUCACUAUUCACUAUUGUAGAAGGAAUAACACUCGCAAAUUAAGUUGGACAUUAGGUGUGAGAUAUACCUUGUCUCUCCAGUUCUAA